AUGGCGUCAAACAGCAAUAGCUCCGAGGGACAACGAAUGGCACAGCAAAGAUUAAGGAUAAUUGCAGGGCAUUUACAGAAACAUGAGGACGGUGACUCUGGAAUUAUUGCAAAAGAAUGCAAAGCUGAAGCGACCGGUUCAACUGAAGAGAAUAAAGGGACGGUGCCGAGAAAGAGGCAGUUAAGAUGGGCCCUCAUCCAGUGGACGAAUGAGGGCUAUCCUGACAUGCUAUCUGCUAGCUAAAAGUGAUUGUCAUAAAGUAUGAAAUAGCUGUCGUGCAUUUUCUUGUAAUUAAAACACAUAAUUGGGGUCUUUUACAAAUGGAGAUGACCUCCUCUGCAUAUCAUUAUUUAGACAUCUCUGCUUCAAUUAAGCUAGCUAAUGAAAUUAGCCAGCAGAAUGUGCGGUAGUGGUUCUUAAACAAAGUGUUCAUUCAUCGAAGUGGGUGCGGCGGGAUUGUAUUCUGUGUCCUAUCAAAGUCUUUUUCAUCGUAGUUAGCUAGAUUACUUAGCUAGAAUGUGUUUCAGUAAUGUUUGAUCUGUCACCCUUAGUUGAAGUUGAAGUUCAGGUCAAUCCUACGCUAGGACUGUACCAUUUUGUCAUAGCUUGCCAGCGUUAUAUGACCCACACUAGCCGACUAAACUCCUAGAUUUACGAUGGAGUUGAGCGGCGGCUGGUGUGGGCUGACUGGAGCUCCGACGCCACAUAAAAUGAUAUAUUUUUUUUAUAUAAAAAAAACCUGACUGAUUUCAGCACCCAAAGAAUAGACCGGAAUUACACACAAGUUCUGUCUAAUUGUGGACUAUUCUUUGGGUGCUGAAAUCAGUAGGUUUUUGAUAAAAACAUCAUUUUAUCUGACCUCGGAGCUCCAAGUCCGUCCCGUCACCACUAGUUGCGGUUCAACUCCAUCGUAAAUCUAGGAGUUGAGUUUAAUCGGCUAGACCCACACUAGCCGCUGGUGACAGUGGGCAGCUGACGUAAAUGUAACACCAACAUCUCUUAACUAUUUCAAGGGAGCCUGUUCCAUUAUACAGUUAUAUUGUAUGUAAAGGUAUAGCUUGAUAAACUACUGGUGACGUUUUGAAUGCUGACAAUAUUCUGAACGACGACUAGGGAAAUCUCCGCUGUUGGAGUGACAUGAACAGAAUAAACUAGCUAGCGACAGUCUUGAAUAGAAGGGAUCAUUACGACGGUCAUAUUUUUUUUAUAUUCUUCAUGAUAUAAUCAUAUAAUAUCACAUUUUAUCUAGAGGUGAAUGUUUUUCCAGAUUUUAGUUGUGGACACACCUAUUGUCUAUUUCAUAACAAUAGAAAUCAGAAACGGGAUCAAGUUGAGCGGUUAACCUAAACUUGGAUCUGAUUGGCCAAGACCUGUGGGUGGUCUGACAAAUUGGCUGUUCAGCUUUCACAAACAUGUUGUAGUGACAUAAAAAAAAAAAAAAUAUGUGACUGUUUUACAGGGUCAGCAAUAGUAUUAUGGUGCCCCUGGAGCAAAUUAGGGUUAAGUGCCUUGCUCAAGGGCACAUCGACAGAAUUGUCACCUUAUCUGCCCGGUUAUUCGAACCAGCGACCUUUCAUUUACUGGCCCAACGCUCUAAAUGCUAGGCCACCUGCCACCCUGUGACAUCCAGUGUCAGACAUGCCUUAGAGCACACUUCCAUAUUUGCAUUUCAUAGAGGCUGUAUUGUAGGACCCACUCAACCAUGUAACACUGUGCAAUAGGGCCAUUAUCAUGCAUUGUUCUGAUCAACUUGGGGGCUGCAGGUAGCUUAGUGGGUAAGAGCGUUGUGCCAGUAACCGAAAGGUCGCUGGUUCUAAUCCCCGAGCCGACUAGGCGAAAAAUCUGUCGAUGUGCCCUUAAGCAAGGCACUUAACCCUAAUUGCUCCUGUAAGUCGCUCUGGAUAAGAGCGUCUGCUAAAUGACUAAAAUGUAAAAAUGUAAUGUAACUUGACAUGGCCCGUGUGAGGAAAUGUUACCAUUGUUCUACCACAAGAAUGUAAAUGAUUUGUUUUGCGUUAUGUAUGAAUGUUCAUUGUGCAGUUGGGAAAUGUUCGAUAUUGUUAUAGAAUGUUUUUUUUUGUGAAGCAGAGAAGUGCUGAGGCUUAUUUCAGAUCAACCCUACCUAUCAGCUAGGCUAUGGGCAUCGGUAUCAGUGAUGCUGAGACUCAGAUUUUUCCUAGCACAUGUCAGAACUAGGUUACUGGUCUGAUCACUGGGGGUGUAGGAAUGUUGCACGUGUCAGAACUAGGUUACUGGUCUGAUCACUGGGGGUGUAGGAAUGUUGCACGUGUCAGAACUAGGUUACUGGUCUGAUCACUGGGGGUGUAGGAAUGUUGCACGUGUCAGAACUAGGUUGACUGGUCUGAUCAACUGGGGGUGGUAGGAAUGUUGCAACGUGUCAGAGAAACUAGGUUUUUACUGGUCUGUAUCACUGGGGGUGUAGGAAUGUUGAACGUGUCAGAAACUUAGGCUACUGGUCGGUCUGGAUCUACUGGGGGUGUAGGAAUGUUGCACAUGUGACAGGAGAUCACAUAGGGUUGUGUCAUGGUCCAUUGUGAUACCAGGCUGUCAUAGAUUAGCAUUGAGAGAAUAUCUCUCUCAUAUACCAGGCUCCUCAUAAAUUCCACUGCCUGGUGUUUGGCAGGCAUUCAUCAUGGUUUAACUCCACCACGUGUACCAACUUGAGUUAUGGGUCCCUUAGGAGUAGUAGUGGCCUUCUUUCCUAUGAUGACAUGCUGUAGUGGCCUGUUUCCUCUGACUGUCGGCUGUAGUGGAUGUUUCCUCGGACUCAUGACUGCUGUAGUGGACUGUGCCUCUGACUGACUGAUGUGUGGCUAUUCCUUGACUGACUGCUGUAGUGGGCCUCUGACUGACUGCUGUGUGGCCUGUUUCCUCUGACUGUCUGCUGUAGUGGCCUGUUUCCUCUGACUGUCUGCUGUAGUGGCCUGUUUCCUCUGACUGACUGCUGUAGUGGCCUGUUUCCUCUGACUGACUGCUGUAGUGGCCUAUUUCCUCUGACUGACUGCUGUAGUGGCCUGUUUCCUCUGACUGUCUGCUGUAGUGGCCUGUUUCCUCUGACUGACUGCUGUAGUGGCCUGUUUCCUCUGACUGACUGCUGUAGUGGCCUGUUUCCUCUGACUGUCUGCUGUAGUGGCCUAUUUCCUCUGACUGUCUGCUGUAGUGGCCUAUUUCCUCUGACUGACUGCUGUAGUGGCCUAUUUCCUCUGACUGUCUGCUGUAGUGGCCUAUUUCCUCUGACUGUCUGCUGUAGUGGCCUAUUUCCUCUGACUGUCUGCUGUAGUGGCCUAUUUCCUCUGACUGUCUGCUGUAGUGGCCUAUUUCCUCUGACUGUCUGCUGUAGUGGCCUAUUUCCUCUGACUGACUGCUGUAGUGGCCUAUUUCCUCUGACUGUCUGCUGUAGUGGCCUAUUUCCUCUGACUGACUGCUGUAGUGGCCUAUUUCCUCUGACUGACUGUCUGCUGUAGUGGCCUAUUUCCUCUGACUGUCUGCUGUAGUGGCCUAUUUCCUCUGACUGACUGUCUGCUGUAGUGGCCUAUUUCCUCUGACUGACUGUCUUCUGUAGUGGCCUAUUUCCUCUGACUGACUGUCUGAUGUAGUGGCCUAUUUCCUCUGACUGACUGUCUGCUGUAGUGGCCUAUUUCCUCUGACUGACUGUCUGCUCUAGUGGCCUAUUUCCUCUGACUGACUGUCUGCUGUAGUGGCCUAUUUCCUCUGACUGUCUGCUGUAGUGGCCUAUUUCCUCUGACUGACUGUCUGCUGUAGUGGCCUAUUUCCUCUGACUGACUGCUGUAGUGGCCUAUUUCCUCUGACUGACUGUCUGCUGUAGUGGCCUAUUUCCUCUGACUGACUGUCUGCUGUAGUGGCCUAUUUCCUCUGACUGUCUGCUGUAGUGGCCUAUUUCCUCUGACUGACUGUCUGCUGUAGUGGCCUAUUUCCUCUGACUGACUGUCUUCUGUAGUGGCCUAUUUCCUCUGACUGUCUGCUGUAGUGGCCUAUUUCCUCUGACUGUCUGCUGUAGUGGCCUAUUUCCUCUGACUGACUGUCUGCUGUAGUGGCCUAUUUCCUCUGACUGUCUGCUGUAGUGGCCUAUUUCCUCUGACUGACUGUCUGCUGUAGUGGCCUAUUUCCUCUGACUGACUGUCUGCUGUAGUGGCCUAUUUCCUCUGACUGACUGUCUUCUGUAGUGGCCUAUUUCCUCUGACUGUCUGCUGUAGUGGCCUAUUUCCUCUGACUGACUGUCUGCUGUAGUGGCCUAUUUCCUCUGACUGACUGUCUGCUGUAGUGGCCUAUUUCCUCUGACUGACUGUCUGCUGUAGUGGCCUAUUUCCUCUGACUGACUGUCUGCUGUAGUGGCCUAUUUCCUCUGACUGACUGUCUGCUGUAGUGGCCUAUUUCCUUUGACUGACUGUCUUCCGAGGAAUUUGUGAAAAGCAUUCCCUUGGGAUGAGCAUAGUGAUUUAACACAUGUUUAAUUAUUCAGUAGAUAUAUUGAGAUACUCAAAUUCUGCCUGACAUUUGAGUUCAGUGUUCAAACUUGUUUCUUGUAUCCUCUAACCUGAUUUAGCAUAAGGCUAAGCCUACAAUGUUAUUUCUUUGGAACGUUGUUUUAGGAGGAUACCCUACUUUCGUUGGGCACACCUUCUUUUCUAACGCUCAUCUAUGGUAUUCAUCAUGAUGCUCCCCCUUGGAGUGUCAUUGUGGAAGGGAAUGAGAUCUAAGCCACUCCCUGUCUGAUGACUGCUGUUGUGGUCCUCAGUAGCUCAAUUGGUAGAGCAUGGAGCUUGUAACGCCAGGGUAGUGGGUUCGAUCCCCGGGACCACCCAUACGUAAAAAUGUAUGCACACAUGACUGUAAAUCGCUUUGGAUAAAAGCGUCUGCUAAAUGGCAUAUUAUAUUAUAUUAUUAUUAUAUUUUGAUGGUGUAACAGGUUUUCUUGUUACUGUGCCAACAGGCUUUUGUAGUUGGCUGCUUGUAGUCCACAGGGGAACGACCACCUCUCAGGGACAAGGCCUAGGUUGACUGGCGCCUCCUAUACUGCCAAUACACUAACUGAUAGUCAUGAUGUGGAAAGCCCAUUGAAUAACUGAUAGCCAUGAUGUGGAAAGCCCAUUGAAUAACUGAUAGCCAUGAUGUGGAAAGCCCAUUGAAUAACUGAUAGCCAUGAUGUGGAAAGCCCAUUGAAUAACUGAUAGCCAUGAUGUGGAAAGCCCAUUGAAUAACUGAUAGUAAAACAAGGGAACUACAACACAUUCCCCAUUGCAAAUAGACCACUAAUCCAAAUACUAGCCUAUUCUGCAACAGGAGGUCAAGUAUGAGGGUGCAAGUCCGUGGUCUUUUAAAAGUGCUUCCUUGUAUUGUCUUGCUCCCUUGAGGUUUGACUUGUGUCCUCUCUCAGACAGCGUUAUAACAGUAUUGGCUUCUACUACUGUAACGUACUAACCAACUGUUUGUUGUUCUCCCAGGCAGGAGAUUAUGAAGUGGAAUGGCUGGGGGUACAGCGACUCCAAAUUCCUCUUUAACAAGAAGGGUCAAGCAGAGUUUACGGGCAAAAGGUACAGUACACUGUCUCGACAUUUUCAACCGUUUUACUCUCAUGAAGAAAAUGUAUAUUGUCUAUGACGAUCUGUAGGCUAAAUAAUUUAUUCACAUUUAUUGAUAGAAUUCUCAAUCUGGAUUGUUCACUCCUUUGCACAGGCUGCCGCCUAACACUCGUUCCGACAUUUCUUGAUUUCUUGUUUUUUAUGUAUUUAAAUAGUUGAUUAUUUAUGUACUUGUUUGACAUUAUACUGCAUUGUUAGGAGCUAGUAACAUAAGCAUUUCACUGCACCCUCUAUAACAUCUGCUAAACUGUGUAUGCCAGGGUUUCCCAAACUCUGUCCUGGGGCCCUCCAUGGGUGCAUUUUUUGGUUUCUGCCCGAGCACUACACAGCUGAUUUAAAUAACCAACUCAUCAUCAAGCUUUGAUUAUUUGAAUCAGCUGUGUAGUGCUAGGCCAAAACACUAAAGGGCCAGGAGCGAGUUUGGGAAAUCCUGGUGUGCGUGAUCAAUAAACUUUUGAUUUGAAAACCUCCCGCUCCUCUCCAGCCUCAUUCAGAGUGGGGUGCUAGUGCCAUCUAGUGGCUGGUAUCUGUACUCUGCUAAUCUUGCCUUGAGUUAGUCCCAGACAUCAAGUCAAUGAGUGGGAUUAUCAGCUGUUUGAAACUCCCCUUAUUGCCUUUCAUGCAAAUGUUUCUUCUUACCAUGGGUGCUUUUGUUUUGUUUAUGCUAACAGUUGUCAUGGGAUCAUAUGUUGAGUGCUGAUGUAGGAAAUGAUUAAUUUUAAUCUCUGUGCGUUUUUAAAGAAGCCUAACCUAUUGUCUCUCUACUGUCUGAUAACUGAGCAUGACUUCAACCCACACUGACUUCAAUCCACACUAUUGCCUCUCCACUUUCUCUGAUAACUGAGCAUGACUCCAAGCCACACUGGCAGCAGAAUGGAUUGCUCUUUUCAUUGGCACACCUUCAUCUUCUGUUUUACACCUUUUAUCUUUGUCUUGCGUGAUGGAGGCAGAGAAGGUGAUGUAUGCUUAAAGAACAGAAAGCCUGUCAGACUUAAAGCUAAUAGAUGUGGUAGACUAUGCUGCGUGUAUAUCUGUUUGAGUAAUGGGGAGGGUUGUACGGGAUGCUGACCAGCAAAUGGUUCCUCUGUUAUUCUUUACUAGAAGUUCUAUCAACUAAUAAUAAUAAUAAUAUGCCAUUUAGCAGACGCUUUUAUCCAAAGCGAUUUACAGUCAUGUGUGCAUAAAUCUUUGUGUAUGGGUGGUCCCGGGGAUCGAACCCACUACCCUGGCGUUACAAGCGCCGUGCUCUACCAGCUGAGCUACAGAGGACCACAACUACAUCUUACUAUUCUGUGCUGUCUCUGCGUGGCUUGAGAGAUGGAAGAAAUGAAAGUGAAUGAGAUUUCAUUAAGGAGUGUGUUUAAUGGUCUGCUGGACAAAGGCAGACUACAGUCCCCUGAUGUGCUGGCGGCGGUUCAAUUAUAUAGCGUCUGGCCUGGGCUGGCGUUCGACGGGGACAGCGCGGUCACUGGGCUCGCCUUAUAACCUCCAUUUAAGCUCAAACAACCACACACUGACUCCAUACCAAUGACAGACAGUAUGUAUUUCAGCAGUUCCUAGCAGAACACCGAGGUCAGAGGGGAUGUGUUUUAUGAAUUGGGUCAGAAGUCCUUAGCUUUUCUUCUAAUCCUGUGUUCCGGUUCAUUCCAGGUGUAGGCUAAGUGGGAAGACCCUGCCCGGUUUGCAGGACUGGUUUGAGAACACCUAUUGGAGACAGUGUGAAGCAUAAAAGCCCUGCAACUGUAAGUGUAGUUUGGUUUCAACCCUCAUGUCUCCUGUUGGUGUGAAUUCUAAUGACGGCAGCAGCCAGUUAAUGGCUCCUCCUCCCCCCUCCCCUCUCCCCCUCCUCCCCCUCCCCUUCCAACUCCCCCUCUUACCCCCUCCUCCUCCUCCUCCUCCCAUGUCUUUGUUCCAGCCUGUCCUGAAUGCCAGCGCUGUGCCACCGCCCAGUCUGAACGAGGCGUUCGUAGAGGACCUGAAUGCCACAGGCAUCCCAUUCUCCAAUGAGGCAGACGACAGGGUGUUCCGUGCCCACGGUGAGGCAUGCUGGGAAGGCUCUGGUCCUCCAGGGGGCUGGGAGUAGUCUCAUACGGACACCGUGUGAAAGUUGAUCAUGAGGACGUCUCUAUUUUUACACGUGCGAUACACAGGAACACAGCAGCAUGAACUAGAGUAAAGUCAUUUAAUGAUGAACAUCACACUAAUUAUACUGAUCAUACAAUUAUAAUUGCUUUUGUCGUAGUAUAUUUAACGUUGUUCUUAUGUUAACAGGUCAUUGCUUACAUGAAAUCUUUGCUCUCAGAGAGGGGAAGAAAUUUGAGCGUGUUCCAGAUGUGGUGGUGUGGCCAAGUGAGUUUUACAUCGCAACUAUUUUUAAUGGCCCAGGUUUCCCCCCCCCUCCCUUCAUUGCAUUGGUUUGCUUCUCAUCAUCCUGGCUCAGGUGAUUUAAAGGGCUAAUCUCUGCCGAGGCGUAGGGAUAUUGAUAUGUAUGAGCGGUGGCUUAAUAAGAAGCGUCAGCGGGAGGGCGUUUGACACCCAAUACACCAGGCCCAGCAGAGUAUAGUCAUGAAUCAUGGCAGGCACCAUUUUAUCAUGCAAAUUUGUGUUGACUGAUGGCUGGAAUAUGAUUAGCAGACUCCGUGCCAGUGUUUAUUCCCUUCACCGUGAGUACUCUUGUUAUCGACGUAACACUAAUUUAUAGCUCUGUGUUAUAUAAUGACAUGGGAUAAAAUGUUGUUAUGUAUCCUUUGCCUCCGCAGACCGCCACAACGAUGUGGUGAAACUUGUGGAGCUGGCAUGCAAGCACAAUGUUUGUUUGAUACCGUACGGCGGUCAGUAUUUUACUGCUGCAAACCCAACAGUACAAUAUAUUUUCCAAACUUUAAAACAUAUUUUAGACUAGAAUGGUAUGCCCUGUCUUGACCAUGUGGCCUGACCAGGGAAAGGGUUGGUUAUAGCCUAGUGCUAGGGCCCAGAGUUUCCCCCUGGUCAGAGUUUUCCCCUAACCCUAACCCCUCCAGUCUCCUGUCCUCCUUCCAGGAGGGACCAGUGUGACCAGUGCCCUAGAGCGGUCGGUCAGCACGGAGGAUGCUCUCAACAGGAAAGGUAGCGGUCGGUUAGCACGGAGGAUGCUCUCAACAGGAAAGGUAGCGGUCGGUUAGCACGGAGGAUGCCCUCAACAGGAAAGGUAGCGGUCGGUCAGCACAGAGGAUGCUCCUAUAUCCACAUCAAAGCUUAUUCAGAUGUCUAGCUGUGACUCUCUCUCUCUCAUUAUCUUACUUCGGGAGAAUCCUGUAGCAUAAAUUUGCUAAACUUUUCUCAGAGAAAAUACUGUGAGGGAAGGAAACCCAAUAGGAAACAGCAUUUAGUAGCAGUACAGUAUCACAGAGCUGUUGGACAGCUGCCUGCCUAGGGGAUAUAUUGGCUAGUCCAGCAAUCACUGAGGAGGUGACGUAAAUACCAGUGACCAGUGCGCUGGGUCAAGGGUCACAGGGCAUAGCGGGUCUGAGGGAGUCACAUGAAAGACUGUGUAUGACCACUUUAUUACCUCUGGAGAAUGAAUGAUGGCUCCGUGGGAGCUCAAGCUGGGCCGGGGGGGCCGGGGGGGGGGGGGGGGACUGGAGAGGUUAGCCUUUUGGAAUCUAUCUGACUAACACUGUGUCCUCCCCACGGCCCAGUCCUCUAGUAACGACAGCCACAUGUUUGUAGCUCACUGGAGGGAACAAGUGCUACUGAAAUACCCCCCACCCCACCCCACACAGCCACAUCUUCAACAAACAACACGAGCUUGGCUGUUAUUACCUUUCUCGUUUGGUAGAUAUUCUGGUCACCACAGCAUCUGGUUUCUUUCUCACAGUCGUUAUAAAAUGCUGCACACUGACCUUUUUUGAGCUCUAGAAGUAAGACCUCAACAACUGGAAUGUAUUUGAAGGCUGUAAUUCAAUGAGUGAAGGCGGUUUUCGAGUGCAGCCAUGGGGAUAUGCUGUCAACACUACUGUAUUCAUUAAAAUCCUCUCCCUCUAACCUGCAUCGGAUGUAUCGGACACAGCCUGCUUUUCAUCUGGGCUAAACUCAUAAGGCAUUGAACACUAUUUUAAUUUGUUUGUCCUAGUGGUAUAAACAAUGGAAGCAGUGAAAUGUUAUGACCUCAUGAGUUUUUUUAUCUGCAGAACCGCAUUAUUGUGGACUGACGAGAAGUAUUUAGUCGCCCACGUUGAAGCUGGCAUCAUCGGUCAGGAUUUGGAGAGAUUAGUAAGUGCCUUGCCUUCAUAAUUACUAAAGCCAUUUCAUACUGAAUGAUCUCCCAUGAAAGGGCUCAUGUUAUUAAGAUGGGGCAAGUAUACGCUUUCAUCUACAGGAUCUUUCACCUGUAGCCAGCCUUGCCUUUCCACCCUGGCUUAGUGGUUUACAGGGAGUGCAGAGCUCCCAUGCUAGGCAGGUCUGAAUAGGAGAAGGGGUAACUACGUUGGAGCUUGAGGCUCGGGCGAUGAGCAGAUGGCACCAUUAAGCUAAUUCAGAAAAAUUGAGAAGGAGCCAGUGUUUGUUGUGGAGGAACGCGUGCUCUGCGUCUCAAGCAGGCUCCACCUUUGCCUAUAGAGAAGGGCCAUUUUGAUGGAGCAGAUGGCUCUGCAUUAAAAACUGCCUGUCGGGGUGAGCUGUGCCAUGAACGCACGGCCUGACUCUCCUCACGUCACCUGGAAGAGGGGAGCCAUUAGAGUAGAACCUGCCUGCCUGCUGCUGACCAGGGGCCCGGCACGGAGACCAGGGGCCCAGCACGGAGACCAGGGGCCCAGCACGGAGACCCAGGGGCCCAGCACGGAGACCAGGGGCCCAGCACGGAGACCCAGGGGCCCAGCACGGAGACCAGGGGCCCAGCACGGAGACCCAGGGGCCCAGCACGGAGACCCAGGGGCCCAGCACGGAGACCAGGGGCCCAGCACGGAGACCAGGGGCCCGGCACGGAGACCAGGGGCCCGGCACGGAGACCCAGGGGCCCAGCACGGAGACCAGGGGCCCAGCACGGAGACCAGGGGCCCAGCACGGAGACCAGGGGCCCGGCACGGAGACCAGGGGCCCGGCACGGAGACCAGGGGCCCGGCACGGAGACCAGGGGCCCAGCACGGAGACCAGGGGCCCGGCACGGAGACCAGGGGCCCGGCACGGAGACCCAGGGGCCCAGCACGGAGACCCAGGGGCCCAGCACGGAGACCAGGGGCCCAGCACGGAGACCAGGGGCCCGGCACGGAGACCAGGACUGAGUUUGGGAAAAACCCGUAGGUCUAAACUCAGCUCCUACGAAUACUGAUGAGUGUUUCUUUGUCACUCUCCCUCUCCCCAGCUCAACGAGAGUGGCUACUGUACGGGGCAUGAGCCAGACUCCACAGAGUUCAGCUCCCUGAGUGGCUGGGUGGCCGCUAGAGCAUCAGGCAUGAAGAAGAACCUAUAUGGUAACAUCGAGGACCUGGUAUGUUCCCUCUCUCUGACUAACUGAUCUUACUAGGCGACUGUAAAUGGGCAAACGGUUGUAACGUGAAGUUGCAUGUGCGGCUAUCCAAACACACUUGCGUCAUGCUAACGUAUGGGAACCAUGCUAUUUGGUUUUCCUGUGACCAAGAGGCCUGCUUGUUUUGGUUAAGCUCUGCCAAUGAUUGACAGAAUGUAGCCUUGAAUAUGAACUCAGCAACCGAGGUACCGCUUGUUUUAACCUGGAUAUUUCACUCCUCUCUGCUGCGAUUUUAAAGUCAAGCUAAGUGACUUGAGCUGCCAUCUUGUUUGUCCUAUAUCCAGGUGAUUCACAUAAAGGCGGUGACCCCUCGAGGGGUGAUGGAGAAGAGCUACCAGGGGGCCGCGCAUGUCCACUGGGCCAGACAUCCACCACUUUAUCCUGGGCUCAGAAGGUAAGACUCACCUCCCCACUCCUCCCAGGGAUCAUGACUUCAACAUGAUAAAAGUUGACCCUAUGUGCAGUGUGUAUAUAAUGUAAUGGGAUAACCAGUCAGGUGAACGUUUAUCCAGGGUGGGAGAAGAGAUCCAGUUAUGGGGGGGAAGGGUAUUGGUUUUGGGCCUCUGUGCAUCAUGCCUACCUUUGAGAGAUCCAGUUAUGGGGGGAUGGGUAUUGGUUUUGGGCCUCUGUGCAUCAUGCCUACCUUUGAGAGAUCCAGUUAUGGGGGGAUGGGUAUUGGUUUUGGGCCUCUGUGCAUCACGCUUACCUUUUGAGAGAUCCAGUUAUGGGUGGAGGGGUAUUGGUUUUGGGCCUCUGUGCAUCAUGCCUACCUUUGCCCCCACCCCUUGUGACUCCUGGCACUGCAGCUGUGGAUACAUGCCCCUAACAAAGCACUGCAAGCUGUUUACUGACUAUACACUGGGAGCCGGGCAGAGAUCUCCAUCUGGACUCAUUACAAUGUAUACUUAACACACAUCUGCAAAUGAAAACCCAACUAGAUGUAUUUAAUUUAGUCCUAUCAUCUCUUUUUAAAUUAUCUUCAGUUCAGGGACAAAAAUAGUUUGAAAUAAAGUGGAGAAUGGGGUGGCUCAGAUGGCCUACUUCCUGUGCAGAGUAGUUGUUCCUCAGUGAAAUGGUACCAGGCUUGAGUUUUGGUUCUAUUUGAGCCUGGUGGCUACUGUGAAGCCAGACCCUGUUGGGUAGGAGAGGAGACAGGACCUCCUAGUCCCCGGUCUGUCACUGUGUGGGCUCCUGGCUCGGUGGCCAGCUCUGCUGCUGGAGCUGAGCGACAGAGAGGGGUCAUACCUCUGCUUGGUCUCAUUACGAUAUCUCCCCCUGCACAGGCAUCCCACACACUGACAGACACUAGGCCACAACAACAGAACCUAGCACUGGAACCCAAACACUGCUCUGCAUGUUAACCAGCCAGGCAUACUAUAAAUCCUCUUCUCAGUCAACACACAGUAUCCCUCCUCUUCCUAGUCCCUGACCUUGGAGUGGCCUGAAUACCAAAGUAGUUCCCUCCACCCUUCUCUAAGCAGUGGAAUAAUCAAUAAUAAUCAGGUUUCUGUUUCAAAGGCUCUCUCAGCCAUGACCAAUGAUAUGCAGGUGUGUGAAGCUGGCCAGCACUAAUCGAAUGUUGUGUGGAGUUAAUGCCAUGUGAAACUGCCUUCUUUGAUUCCCAAUGAGUGGCCUCUAGUUUCAGCCACAUGGCCCCCACGUCAGGCUGGUCCGGCCCCCAUGUCAGGCUGGUCCGGCCCCCACGUCAGGCUGGGCUCCCCCCCCCCCCCCACGUCAGGCUGGUCCCCCCCCCCCACGUCAGGCUGGUCCCUCCCCCCACGUCAGGCUGGUCCCUCCCCCCACGUCAGGCUGGUCCCCCCCCCCCCCACGUCAGGCUGGUUCCCCCUCACGUCAGGCUGGUUCCCCCUCACGUCAGGCUGGUUCCCCCUCACGUCAGGCUGGUCCCCCCCCCCCCCCCCCCCCCCCCCACGUCAGGCUGGUUUCCCCCCCCCCCCCCCCCACGUCAGGCUGGUCCCCCUCCCCCCCACGUCAGGCUGGUUCCCCCUCACGUCAGGCUGGUCCCUCCCCCCACGUCAGCCUUCUCCCUCUCUCUGUCUCUCUGUCUCUGUGUGUGUUCUACCUCCACCAUAGAAGAGGCCCAGGGUAUGUGCCGAGGCGUGA